UCUUUAAAAGAUUUUUUAUUGAAACGUAAUGUGUAUGCAUAUUUAUGAGACACGUGUGAUGUUUUGAUACAUGCAUCCAAUGUGUAAUGAUCAAAUCUGGGUACUGAGGAUGUCCAUUACCUCAAACAUUUAUCAUUUUCUUUAUAUUGGGAACAUUUCAAAUCUUGCUUCUAGCUAUUUUGUAAUCUAUAAUAAAUUGUUAUUAACUGUAGUCACCCUAUUGUGCUAGCAAACACUAGAACUUAUUCUGUCUGACGAUAACCAAGCUCUCUUGAUCCUUUCCCCUCUGCUUCCUUCCCAGCCUCUGGUAACUAUCAUUCUAUUCUCUACCUCCAACUUUUUCAGCUCCAAUAUGUCCAUGAGAGCAUGUCUUUCUGUGCUUGUCUUAUUUCACUUAACAUUUAUGUUGUGCAAAUAACAGGAUUUCAUUCUUUAUUUGUGGUUGAAUUGUAUUCUGUUGUAUACACAUUUUAAGAAAGGAAAAACUGUAUUAAAAUUGUAACGUGUUGCGUUGAGAAUCGCGGAGUGGGAAGGUUCACAGUGCUGCGUGGGAACUACAAUGGACACCCAAAAGGACGUUCAACCCCCAAAGCAGCAGCCAAUGAUAUAUAUCUGUGAAGAAUGUCACACAGAAAAUGAAAUAAAAUCCAGGAAUCCGAUCAGAUGCAGAGAAUGUGGGUACAGAAUAAUGUACAAGAAAAGGACUAAAAGAUUGGUGGUUUUUGACGCCAGAUGAAACGUGAAUUCAGAAGAUUGUCUUCAUUUAUAUUUGGAUUUGCCCCAUUAGUAUUUCUCAUUAUUAUAUAUAUAUUUCUGUUUAGCAUACAGUAAUACUCCCCACUUAUCCUCAGGGGAUAUUUUAUUUUCCAAAACCCUUACUGGAUGUCUGAAACCUCAGAUAAUACCAAACCCUAUAUACUUUAUGUUUUCCUAUAUGUACAUAUCAGGUGAUAAAAUUUAAUUUAUAAAUUAGACACACUAAGAGAUUAACAAUAAUAACUAAUAAAAUACAAUAAUUAUAACAAUAUACUGUAGUAAAAAAGUUAUGUGAACAUA